GACUCACCUAUUGUUUACCCUCUUCUCUCCGUCUUCUUCAACAAUUACGAAUCUAUGCAAUUUCUCCUCUCGGCUGGCACGAGGAGAUAAUACUGCACAGGGUAGCUGACCGGUCGCGACGUGCUGCAUCCGGCGUUCAGAAACAGCUUCAGAUCGCCGCUGCGGUGAAGCUCUAAGCCGCCAACUCCAACUCGACCACAGCGCAUCGCUCUAAGCACGCCGCUACACAAUCACGACCAAACUUACCGAUAUACCGCGGUCGUCGCGAUGUUCUCUGAAUAUGCCUCACGCUUUCUCCAGCAGUCCAACGCACGCCUCUCCUUCACACAACAAGACGAUCCUCGGACUCGAUCACGAAAUCCACUAGACCGACGACGGAUGGCCAGCAACUCACGAUAUGUCCAACGUCCCAGCAUGUCUUCGCAUCCAUAUCAGAAUCCGGCGUCAUCACAAUCACGCUUCCCAUUUGCGGCGAGACUUUCGCGGCAGGAUCCACAAGCUCCAUUAUUUCACAGCGCGACGGACGACUUCCACGACGAGGACGAGAGCGAUGAGCAUGAAAGAGAGGUGGCGGACUUCUACGCGCUGCAGCGGAGCAGACAGCAUUUCGGACCGAGUAAUCUAUCGGAAAGCUCUGAGUUGGAAGAGGAUGGCGUAGAAAAGUUGGAGGAGACACAGUUGGGCCAGAACCACGACAGAGAUCGAGGAAGACUCGGUGCUCCUUACCAGGCUUCGUCACGAGCAGGGAGCAGGCCCGAGUCCGAAGGCAGCGGACCAAGCGCGAAAGGGAAAGGACGGCUGGUGGAUGUCAAUCUAAACAGCACAAUUGACGAAGAACCGCCCGAGUCGCUCGCAAAUCUCUCGCCUUCUAUCGAUCCGGAACCAUUCCAGCCUUUUCGGUCUACUGGCAAGACGACUCGCUCAAGCGCAUUCAUUCCCACAGAGACGGAAGAGGCAACACAGAUGCUGCAUCCACGACCAUCUUCUCCCGACCGCGAAAGCGUGCCACCGACUGUCAUUUUACCUUCUAUCGAGCCGCCCAAGCACGAUGCAUUCUGGGGAACGUUCUUCACAAUCUCGUUUUGUACGAUGAUCGCGGCGUUCGUUCUGGUCUGGCUGCAGACUUCUCAGCCAUCUGGUAAGAAGCCACUGGGAGACACGAUCUACAGCGUGCUCAAGGGAAGCACAAAUAUGCUCAUGUGGGACACUUUGAUCGCAGUGGUGGUGGCACUCACUUGGCUGGCUCUGCUACGGAACCACGUGCGUGUUCUAAUGUUCGGCAUGAUUGUGGCUGUACCUGUCGUUCUCUUUGCGUUCUCGCUGUACCCAUUGGUCAACAGCUUCAAAGGCUCAUGGCACGGCGCCUCCAUCCAGGACCGGGCGAUGCGAUGGCUUUCAGCGGCGCCAGCUAUUAUGGCUGUAUUCUGGACUUGGAGCGUCUUGAAGAACCGACACGACCUCCAUCAGUCGAUCAAUAUCCUCGAAUUCUCGGUCAAGAUCCUGGCGGCAAGUCCAUUCCUGGUCAUGUAUGGAUUCGCAACGCUGGGUGCGGUGGUGGUAUUCGCAUGGACGUGGAUCCUCAUGUUCGAACGGGUCUUCCUCUCUGGCGCAUUUGUCAGCGGGAAAGCAGGCUUCAUCCUCAGCGCGAACAGCUGGUGGCUGGGAGCCUUCUUCGUCCUUCAGUUCCUCUGGACACUCGGCGUCAUUGCAGGAAUUCAACGCGCUACAACCGCAGCGACCGUCAGCCAAUGGUACUUCCAUCGCCUCGUGGUUCCUCAGCCGUCCAGCCGCGACGUCGUGAAGGCUAGCUUCCUCCACGCUACAGGAGCGCUGUUCGGCACAGUCUGCCUCAGCACCUUCAUCUCUCUCCUCAUUCGCCUCCCACUGAUCGUCGUUCCAGGUCGUCUGUCCGGCGUCCUCAACAUGUGCAUCUACUGGCUCAUCCCGACGAAUCUUGCCAGCCUCACGAAUCCUCUCACUCUUUCCUACGCCGCGAUCCAUUCACAACCACUUGGCAUCUCCGGUCGUGGCUUGGGACAGCUACACUUUAUCAGCCGCACCAACCCGAGCAACACACUUGGUCCUCGCAAUUUCAACCCCAGCGACCAGACCACCAGUUCUCUCCUCCCAUAUCGCCUCGCGAAACUUUUGCUGCAAGCAACUCGCUGGGUCAUGUCGUUCUCGCUCGGUUUUCUCGGCUGGGUGCGUGCCGCACACAUGAUUCAGAUCGACGGCGGCAUCCGCGGCAGUCUUUAUGCGUACGUCGUGGGUCUGUAUGCCGGCACGAUAGGUUUCGCGAUUCUGGGCGUGGUGGAGAAUGUGGUGGGCUGCGUGCUGGAUGCGACGGUCAUUUGCUGGGCGAGUGAGUCUGCCGGUGGAAGGGGAGAGGCGAGGUUCUGUCGCGAGGCGGGCGAGCUAUUUGGGACUGAGGAGAGGUUCAGUCUUGGAGAUCGUGGCGCGGGGAUGGUAUGAAGGAGGAGGAGUGGUUCUUACAAUGCAUACCCGGUGGCUUUGCCGGAGGAUUGGAUAGGAGAAUACGGAAUGAGCCAGGGUGGAAG